AUGAAGUUCAUUUCUCAAGAACAGGACAUCACCAUCCCCGAGGGUGUUAAGCUCGACGUCAAGGCUCGCGCCGUCCGCGUUAAGGGCCCCCGCGGCGCUCUCCAGAAGGAGUUCAAGCACGUGAACAUGGAGAUCACCCGCCCCACCGCCAACACCAUCAACGUCAAGGUCUGGCACGGUGCCCGCAAGCACGUUGCCUGCAUCCGCACUAUCUGCUCUCACAUCGAGAACAUGAUCACUGGUGUCACCAAGGGCUUCGAGUACAAGAUGCGCUUCGUCUAUGCCCAUUUCCCCAUCAACGUCAACAUUGCUGACAGCAGCAAGACUGUUGAGAUCCGCAACUUCCUGGGCGAGAAGAUUGUCCGCCGCAUCGCCAUGCGUGAUGGUGUUACCGUCACUCUGUCCACCGCCCAGAAGGAUGAGAUCGUCCUCGUCGGAAACGACAUCCAGAACGUCUCCCAGUCUGCCGCCGAUAUCCACACCUCCGUUCUCGUCAAGAACAAGGAUAUCCGUAAGUUCCUGGACGGUCUCUACGUCUCUGAGAAGGUAAGGAUGAUGUGA